CCUAAAAAAUAUAUAAUAAAAAAACAUGUUAAAGGGAGAGAGUGACAGAUUUUUCAUCACAAGGAAAACAUCCACCAGAAAAAGAAAAAAAAAACGUCAUUGCUAUUGUUCAUGUCAUAGUGGUAUUGGGCAUUUUGCUAAUCAACAAUUGAAUAAGUCUAAGCCCAAGGCUGAAGAGUGCAGCCCGAAGUUCAAACAAAGGGUCGAGCUGAAAACGAGGGGGCCUAAACGCCAUUAGAGCACAGUUGAACAUGAAAGCCAAUUUGAUUGGGAGCUUAGGAAGUCAAAGAGGCAUAUAGGGUUUGUCCAUUGCUGAGCUAGUUCUUCUUCUACUUGAGAGUUUCAUAGCAGACAGUUAUAAUAGGAUGACAAGCCAGCUAACAGAGAACCCAAAAACAAUUUAUGACUUCACUGUCAAGGAUGCUAAGGGAAAUGAUGUGGAUCUUAGUGUGUACAAGGGAAAGGGUCUACUGAUUAUCAAUGUUGCUUCAAAAUGUGGACUGACCAACUCAAAUUACACGGAGCUGAAUCAACUAUAUCAGCAAUAUAAAGAUCAAGGCUUGGAGGUAGUAGCAUUUCCAUGCAACCAGUUCGGUGAUGAGGAACCUGGAAGUAAUGAGGAGAUUGAAGAGUUUGUCUGCACUCGUUUCAAAUCAGAAUUUCCAAUAUUUGACAAGAUUGAAGUAAACGGCGAUAAUGCUGCUCCAUUGUACAAGUUCUUGAAGUUAGGCAAAUGGGGAUUCUUUGGAGAUGAUAUUCAAUGGAACUUUACCAAGUUUUUAGUUGACAGGGAUGGGAAAGUUUCUGAUCGCUAUUACCCAACAACUUCCCCCCUUAGCCUUGAGCGUGACAUAAAGAAGCUGUUAGGGGUCUCAUGAAUGCUGAGAUGUGAAGGCUUCAAGAGGGUCAUAGUGUAAGCAGUAAGCAGUAUGCAUAUGCUUGCCUUUUGUGUUUCAGGAUGGAUGGGAAAAAAUGCCUUGCUUUUGUGUGUUGUUGUGGCUUCAAGACUGAUUUAAGGACCUAAGGCUGUAUCUGUGUAUAUUGUAUUGUAUUUGCACAAACUGAAACAAAACCACUUGUUUUGUGUAAUUGAAUGUUGUCGAAAUUCUUACC